UUUUCACGUAAGUACGCCGCGUAGAACGCUGCAGACCCGUCUAGUCUUGAGAUAAUAUGGUUUACAGUUGAUUUUGGGGUAAAAUUUCUGGUUAGAAAGCGAGUGGAAGUUUGUGUCUCGUUUGGUGGUUCUGGCGGCACACCCCUCCCCCUGCCAAAGUUCGGCGUGUUGCCUGGAGGGCGCUAGUUCUUUACAGGCCGCCCAGAAUCCGGCAAAACCGGCUUUAAAUCCGACACUGUCGGCGAGAGGUGAAAUUUUGUCGGUUUGGUGGAGGUUUUUGGUGAUUUUGUGAUCACUGAGUCGUUUUUUCAGCCGCACCGUGACCCCACCCUAAGCACGCGGGCUUCCAGGUCAGAUAUCAGUGGAACGCAGAGAAAACAGGUUGUUAGCAGAUUCCAGUAACCAACAUGAGCUGGCAGACGUACGUAGACACUAACUUGGUAGGGACUGGCAAUGUCAGCAAGGCGGCCAUCAUCGCUACUGGAAACGGGGCACUCUGGGCCAAAAGUGGUGAUUUCAACUUAUCUGAAGAAGAAGCCGGCAAUAUUGCGAAAAACAUCAGUAAUCCGAGCUCUUUUCAGGCAGCUGGUGCGAAGGUAGAAAAAGAAAAAUAUAUCUUUUUGAGGGCAAAAGAAGAUGAUGGACCCGUCGUCUACAUGAAAAAGGGGGAAUCCGGGAUGUGCAUCGUAAAAUGUACACAAUGUAUCCUGGUCGGUCUGUACAACCCCCCAAUCCAACCAGGUAACUGCAACAAUGUUGUUGAAAAGCUGGGAGAGUACCUGAGGAACUCUGGCUACUGAGGUGGCAGCCAUCUGGGCAGCAAACCUGGAUGUCUCUAACAGUGCACAGAAUCCAGCAGCAACAAUAUCCAGAGGAGACGACUAGGAUUUAAAGUUCCCAUUCUUGAGAAUAACUCUCUAACAUUAUGACGUCAUGGAUGGCAAAAAAAUAGGACGUGUACAAACAUCCCAUUCCUUUCCGGUGCAGUUAAGUUCUGAAGUCGUAGAUACUUGAAGCAACAACUUUUGCCCUGUUUCUGAUUGUCAAUUGGUGGUGGACGUGAAGCAAUAUGUUUCAUUUGUGAUAUCCGUUGCCCUCCAGCGCCACUGCUGUGCACGUUCCUUUCCCAUCCAUGACUUCACAAUGUUAAGGCGUUGUUGAAACCUAUAUCUGCAAUCCAACAUCUUGUUGAGAAAAAAAUGCAUUCAAACUGCUUUCAGUUAAACUCCAUGCAAACGACAUUUUGCAAGUUACUGCUAGUUUAUUUGUUUUUGUGUGUUAAAGAAGGAAAAGUCUUACUGCUAACAGAUUUCAUGUAAACAAACCAGCUCCAAUUUGCCAAACAAGGUUAGCUAGCAAGAUAAUGUCAAGUUUUCUAUACUGUCCAUAGGUAUGCUAAGUUGUCCUGGGUCAUGCUAAAUUGUCCUGCAGGCAUACUUGGUUAUCCAUGGAGAAGCUAGAUUGGCCAUUAUCAUGCUAGAUUGUCCAUAGUCAAGCUAGGUUGUCCAUGAUCAUGCUAGGUUGUCCAUGGAGGAGCUAGAUUGCCCAUGGUCAAACUAAAUUGUCCAUGGCCAAGCUAGAUUAUGGUCAGGCUAGAUUAUGUCUGGUUAUGCUAGUUUGACAUGGUCAAUGCUAGAUUGCAAACAGAUGGGCUAGAUUGUCCAUUGUGAAGCAAGCUCAUGGUUCAUGGUCAGACUAAAAUGGCCAUUAUUAAUAAAAGAAUGUUAGUGUACUGUUUUGAUAUAAUCCAAAAGGAGAAAGUGUAGUAGCACCCGGACAUCUAUUGUCUGUGGCAUAUGUUAUCAGCAAUAGCCCAUCACAUAUACCAUAGCUGUUGAUUUAGGCAAUGUACUUCGACCCAUAGUUUUGAGAGAUUUCCCUCGAGAUUGGGGGGAGGUGAUUAUACAUAUAUUAUGCAAGUUGAAACUUACUUAAUGUCAUUAUAGGGGGUAUGCAUAAAAUUAAUCGGCGAUAGUGAUAUAGAUAUGAAAGAAUUUAUUUUGGGCAGUGCUUUUGCUUUUUUUUUCAUGUUGCAGUUUGCUUAUUUCUACCUGGUUGCUUGUUGACUUUCUGUUCAAUAUCUGUUGUUUGUUCUCUUCUGGACCCUACACACCAUUGGCAUUACCUCUUACUUUUUGGUGAUGAAGUUUCUCAACUUUCCUCAUUACUUCUCCAACCUUCAAGGUGAAAUCUUUCCUUAGUGUGUUAAGAAAACAUGAUUCUUAUAAAUUAAGGGGAUGACACAUUAAAAACCCACACAGUAGACCUCUAAAUUCCAUUCCAACAGUUUUCUUAUGGCCAUAGUUCUUUUUUUCUUAAAGUUUGACCCUUUAUGUUUUCCCAAGAUCCUGGUGCCAGGUCAUUAAGAGGUCAAAAGUCAUUUAUAAUUUGGGACCAUUAAUUUUGAUUAGGCAAUAAAGGUCUGGUGUGUGUUGGGAACAAAGUAAAGCUUUCUCUUGUAUGUUGAUUGAAGAUCUGAUCCUUAGUGACCUUGACAUAUAGUAAUGACCUUGAAAUUAACAUUAUGGAUGGGUAGGGGAGAAAUGUGCUGUUUCCUCACAUUGCCUGUCUCUUAAAUGGCUCCUCCAUGCUUGGUUAGCUUGAAAUGAAAUGACACUUAAGCCUUUGCCAUGUAAGCCCUUGUAACGUUUCGUUCCGUAAAAAAGCCAAGAAAGUUUCACAACUUGCAGAUCGCUGCCUCCUACAUUCCUGUUAAUUGUAUUGUUUCGCUCAUUCCACUUUUGUGAAGAUCACAUUCCAUGUUACAUUACAUUACAAUGCUGGUUAACUGUGACUUGCGUAGUGUGUAACACGCAGCUCAUUAAUUGUGAGUCCUGGCAUACGCAUGAAUCCUGUACAACUGAUUAAUUGUGAGUCACCGAGUGUAUCACAUGUACUUCAGACAAUUCCACCUCAAGGCUUGUAACAUCUCUACUGGAAUAGCUCAACAGUGCGAAAAAUGUUGUAACUUUCAUUACAUUUUGUUACCUCUUCUCAUGCCCCUCUGUCUAGUAAAGCACUGUGGUUGUGGUCUGGUAGCCAGCCCUGGACCUAGCCAUGUUAAUACUAUCCUGUGUUAACACUAUCCUGGUUUACAUACCUUAGCCAAGUUGAUUAUGUAGGUAUGUUUUUUGCACCACUACAGCCUUGAACAGCAAACCUAAUCAAGCAUACCUAAUCACGGACCAAAUUGUUAAUUUUGCACGAAAUCUGCUAUUAUAUCUUGCACAGCUCCAAGCGACUGAAAGGUUUCCUUGUGGAUUUUUUUAGUCUGAUAAUUUUUGAAGACUUGUUGUGUUGCACUGUGAGGAGGCCAUAGGACGAAAUGCCCCUAAAGUGUUCUUUGAUUGACAUGGAUAGAUGCUUGUAAACACAAGGUGCAACUCUUCAAAUCUUGUAAGACCUGGUCAAGGCUUGCAUUCUCAUCUUUAAAAUCUGAUAGUAAACUUCAUCCACUAAAUGCAGUCCCCAUUCUUACUAUCUCUGUUUUGUCCGCUGGCCUUCCCAUGAGUCAUUGCAACACGCCAAGGCAUGUUUCAUGGACAGAAAAGCAUAUAAUGAGCUUCCAAAUUUGAAUGAUUUUCCAAACGUUGCGCUGUGAGCUUUACUAGAUUCUAGAGAGCUUGGCUCUUUUGCUCAUUUUGUAGCCAGUGGUGAAUAGUUUGCUGGGAAAAGAGAAAACAUGACCCAAAAGACAACAUGGCAUUUGUAGUCAUCUGCAGUAUUUGAGAUGAUGAUGCGAAAUUGGUUAUUUCUAUGAAAUCAGCCACCAUUAGUUCACGUAAUAUUGAUCUUUCACCAGAAUUAGACAGUCGAACAAAUCAUUGUCGAUUGAAAAAGGCCAGUGAAUUUAAUGCGAGUUUACCACAUAGUUUAACCAAUAUCUAUGACUACAUGUACUGCUCGUAAUUUUUUUUUACCGACUGCGUGAUGGCAUCUUACGCUGAGCAGUUGUAAUGAAGUGCUUGAGCUGUGGACGAGCUGAAUCUGCUCUGCAUGGUGUCUACAUAUCUGUGCCUUACAGACUUCUGUCAAGCCAGGGAAUGGAUUUCUGAAAUAAAGGUGACUGACCAAUACUGA